UGAAGCUGCACACAUACACAACAAUGGGUCUUGUGAUUGUACUCUCCCUUCCUCUUAUCCUCUUCACUAUUUUGCUCGGAUUCGGAUGCUACUUCCUCGGAAAGGCGAGGGGGCGCGAGGAGGCGCGGACGGGGGUCGGCUCGCAGAUCUACGGCGUCCCGCAGCCUCCGCCGGGCUCCGCGGAUUCGUCUCCUGCAUCUCACAUAAAGAAGCAAGGGCAUGGGCCAGAUCAUGUUUGAGAUCGAAAUGAGUUAAGGAGAGGAAAAUGUUUAGUUUGUUUUAAUUAUUUGGUAAUCUUUUCUAAAUAGUUAGUUGUUUGGUUUGUUUGGUAAUGUGUGAGACAUGUUAAUUGGUUUGGCACAUUUUAUAGAGGGUGGAGUGGAAUUUUGUAUUUGUUCAUAUGUUGAAUAAAUUGGUCUUGUUAUUAAAGAGAAUUUUGAUCUUUUUAA